CUACAGAUCAGUGAAUUUGUUAGAAUCACGUGAUCCAUGGCGAGAUGACAUGUAGGAAGCUGCAAUAUUGGAGUCUAAAUGUGAACUAUAGUUAAUCUCCUUGAUAAAAGCUCACAGGCUGAAGGACCAAAUGGAACCAGAAGUUGGAGAUGUGGAUCAGCCCCCAUCUGAGGAGACUCCACCACAUAAAGAGUGUGACGGCACUGACCCCGACCCUCUGCAGGAUUUAGUUCUGGUGGAUGACGAGUGUGUGGAGAAGCUGUGUGAAGGUCUGAUCUCACACUACUGUCCUGAUCUACAGAGGUCCAAACACACACUGCAGGAGCUCACACAGAAUCAGGCGGUUCUGCUCGACACACUGGAGCAGGAGAUCUCCAAAUUCAGAGAGUGUAACUCCAUGAUCCACCUCAACGCUCUGUUCACAGAGGCGAAAGUUUACCACAGUAAACUGGUGAACAUCAGGAGAGACAUGAUGAACCUGCACGAGAGAACCACCAAACUCAAGAAGCGAGUGCUGAAGCUGCAGCAGCAGAAACAGAGAGAAAUGUUGGAGAAGGAGCAGCAGAGAGAGAAAGAGCUGGAGAGAGAGAGACAGCUCACUGCCAAACCUGCCAAACACCAUCAAUAAAUCCAUACAUCUAUCAAUAAAUCAAUACAUCUAUCAAUAAAUCAAUAAAUCAA